AUGCCCACUCCUGUUUCCGCCACAAGAAAACCGCCAAUUACCCUGGCACAACUCUCAUCCUACGAUGACAUCCUCACCGAUGCGCUUGUUGACCAUGCCUAUUACUGGACUACAAUACCAAAGAAUCGCCCUUCUUAUCAUCCCUCCAGAGGUGUGACAGAAGAAGCAAUCACUAAAAUCAUCCAAUCGCAUCUGAUUGUGAACCCUAACCCCGAGCUUGCCGAGUCCAGCUUGCUUGCGACAGAUGGUCUUCGGAAAUUCUUCAAUGGGUUGAAGACGCCAAAAGAGCGAGAUGACUUCCGUGCUCAUCUUCGUCGGUAUAUGCACAUAUACCUGCCUGACUGCCCAUUUGAGGUGUCUUCAACAAAUCGUUACACCAUCUAUAGCCACGAGGCUGCGAUAACAGCCCGGAAGUAUAUCAAAAGGGGUCAACCCAUCAAAUACCUCUCAGGAAUCCAGGUUAUGAUUACUGCCAAAGAGGACAAGGAGCUUGCAAAGAGAAAGAAAGAUUUCAGCAUCGUAGUCAGCUCGAGGAACAAAUGCGCCGCUCUAUUUAUGGGUCCUGCUCGAUUCGCCAACCACGAUUGUAAUGCUAAUGCUCGCCUGAUGAUCACUGGUCAAACUGGUAUUGAAAUUGUUGCAACUCAAAACAUCGACGUCGGCGAUGAGAUUACCGUUUCCUACGCAGAAAAUUAUUUCGGCGAAGAUAACUGCGAAUGCUUAUGCAGGACCUGUGAGAGAAACGUCAAAAAUGGUUGGGCGCAUGGUGCAGAGAGUGUUGCGGUGAAGAAGAGCAUCGAAGAUUCAAUUCUCGAAGGAUAUUCUUUGCGCCGUCGAAGAAGAGACGAUAGUUGUGCAUCUGGUUCUCGUACGCCUUCAGUUACACCGGACAUCCGGCCUCGAAUUCGAAAAACGAAACCCAAGGCACAAUGCUCUGCUUCAGGGCGAGAAUCGCUUUGUGACUCUCCAGCCCCUCAUGACAUCCUUCGAGAAAAGCGCAAGAGGGAAUACGAAUCUCUCCAGUCGCCACCUACCACCCCCGCAAAACGACAAAAGACACUCCAGUACGAGGUGGCACCUAUUCCUAUCCCAGACGAAUUGGAUAGGCGGAGCCCUGGGGAAUCUGUAUCUAGCGUGCACUCAGCCUCUGAUUCAGCGAGCCCGGAUGAGAUGGUCAUGACAGACGCAACAACACCUGAAGAAGAAAUUCAAGAAAUAGCCUUGCAAUCACCAGUCUUGACGCCUGUCAAAUCCCAACCCCAACCCCUGAAAGAAGAAGACUCCGAUCCAUCUAUCUUGGAUCUACCGCGCACCACCUCCAUACCUCCUGUCUCAAUCACAGAGUCAUUUUCAAGUUUCGAGGAAACUCGAGUCAGAGUCGCAAUCGAUUCGAUCAUGGCACUUUCUACAGUACUCAAUAGCCAAGCUGAUGAAGUUCCCUCUGUAGACGUUGUUAAUUCCCCAACGUCAGUGAUUUGUCUUUCUGAAAACACUCAGUCUAUCUCGGUGCCUUCCAGAGAAGAUAGUGAAGGGUUGGACCAAGAGCCAAGUCGUGGCCGAUCACAAAGGAGGGGUAGACCGAAGAGGGGCGAAGGGCUCAAAGUCGCUGAGUCUGUAGAAGAACCCGUUCAGGUUAAGAAGCGAGUGCCUGGUGAUUAUACUCUUACCCCUGUUCUCCUGUCAGAGCCCAACACAGCCUGGAUCCACUGCACCAUUUGUGGAGAGGCUUUCGUUCAGCAAAACGCCUAUUUCACUCGAAGUUCUUGUUUUCGAUGCGAAAGGCACUCCAAGCUUUACGGCUACUCCUGGCCCAAAACUGAGAAGGAGGGUUCUAAUGACAAAGAAGAACGUGUUCUUGAUCACCGAACCAUUCAUAGAUUUCUAGACACGGAAGAGGAGGCCAGGAUUCGAGGUCGGAAAGUACCGACAGUUUCUGUAAGUCCGGUCAAGCCAACCCAGAUCGUGGUGACCAGUUCCGACGACAACAGUCCUGUCAAACGAGGUCCAGGACGACCUAGAAAACACCCCGCGACACGAGACAGUCUCGACCUCACAGAUGCUGAACUUGAGGAUGACAGCUCAAUCGAUCUACGACGUACAAGCCGACGAAGGCAUCUGAAUUUGAAGACUGUUGCGUGCUAG